AUGAUCAGGAUAUUGGAGGACGAUCCCGUCACCAAUGCUGGCACAGGGUCGAACCUCAACCUAGACGGACUUGUCGAAUGUGAUGCCUCCCUCAUGGAUGGGACGACCCUCGGCUUUGGAUCUGUUGGUGCUGUGUCGGAUUUCAAAAACCCAAUUUCAGUGGCUGCAACGAUCUUACAGGAAUCGGAUCAAGGACCUCUAUCACUGGGCAGGAUCCCACCCAUCAUGCUAGUUGGUCCGGGAGUCGCGCAAUGGGUCGAUACGAUGGACUAUUCACCGUCACAUGCAGGUCUUGAAAGGGUUCCGCGGGUACUGUCAGCGGACGCAUUGGCAAAGGCGCGAGAACUUAUGUCGGAAACUGGAGAAGCAAAGGAGCAGGAUAAGGGGAAUUCUGGAGUAACAGAUUGUGAAUCAGUAGGUGGUUCCCUUGUCACGAUGGAGGCGCUGCGACGAUAUGUGCGGUUCCAGAGCAUGCUCAACAAGGCAGUUGUAGCAACUGGUUCAGAUUCAGGGACAACGGCCUUGGAUGGCCAAACGGAAUCACUACAGAAACCGGGUUCAAUCAAAGACAGUGACGGGAAAUCACGGAAGAGAAACAGGACUGGGACAGCCGAACCAAUGUCAAGCAAUUCAGGAUCCAGCACCAAACGACAAAAUGCGCAGGAGGCCUUGGAGAUUGACGACGAUCGGUUACAGGAUACAGUGGGGGCGAUCUGCAUCGACGGCCAAGGGCGCGUCGCAGCCGGGGUCAGCAGUGGAGGUAUUGCAAUGAAGUUUCCUGGACGCGUCAGUGAGGCGGCGCUAUUCGGAGCGGGGUGCUGGGCACAGGACGCGACAGAGGAAACGGACGGGUUCGCAUGCAGUCUGACAGGCGCGGGUGAGCAGAUCACAAAGACGCUCUUGGCCCGGACUUGUAUAGACACAUAUCUCGUGCAUGACGAUCUCUCGGAAGCGGCACAUGAGAUCUUGGACCGGUUUAUGAAGAGUCCACUGUUGAGGGGGUACCCUGACAAGCAUGCCGGAUGGAUUGGUGUUAGGGUCGAUCGGGAGGCUGAUGGGAGGGCAGAGUUGGUUUUUGCUCAUACUACUCAGACCAUGACAGUCAUGUCCAAAAAGAACCCUGAAUCGACCAAAGUCGUCUCCACACGAAUGGUCAAACUGUAG